AUGUCUUCCAAACUUCACCAGGCGCCCCCCUUCAGGGCAGAGCACAUGGGCUCUCUCCUGCGUCCCCAGAAGCUCCUCGACGUCCGCGAGGGCAAGAUUCGCGACCAGGGCAUGUCCGAGGAGGAGGCUGGUUUGCCCGCCGUCGAGAAGGAGUCUGUUUCCGAGGUCGUCAAGCUGCAGCGGGACCUGGGCAUCAAGGGCAUCACCUCGGGAGAGUACAACCGCACCCGGUUCUGGGGUCUCAUGUGGGAUGAGUUCGAGGGCACCACGCGUCUCCAGGACGCCGACGCCAGCAUGUUCCGCCUGUACCACCCCGACGUCGUGAGCCUGAUCGAGAAGGACCGCAAGGUCAUGCCCGGCGACUCCGUCAUUGCGGCCGGCAAGUUGUCGCACUCUGCCGAAAAGUCAAAGUCGAACCUCCACGAGCUGCGCCUGGUCCAGGCCGCGCUGCCCAAGGAGGAAUGGGGCAACAUCAAGCUCACCAUGAUCACGCCCGCGUGGUUCCACAUGCGCUACAAGCAAGGAAGAGCCUACACUAAGGAGGCUUACGCCAACGACGCCGACUACUUCGCCGACGUUGCCAAGGUUUACCAGGACGAGCUUGCUGAGCUCUACAAGGCUGGCCUGAGGAAUGUUCAGUUCGACGACCCUGGCAUGGCCUACUUCUGCUCCCAAAAGUUCCGCCAAGGAUGGGAGGAAGACAAGGACAACGAGGGCACAGUUGAAGACCUCCUCGAUGCCUACAUCAAGCUCUACAACGACAGCAUCAGCAAGCUGCCUGAAGACAUGCACACGGGCAUCCACCUCUGCCGCGGAAACUUCAUCGGCGGACGCCACUUCGCCGAGGGCGCCUACGACAUCAUCGCCAAGAAGCUCUUCCAGAACCUGAACGUCAACACCUUCUACCUCGAGUACGACACCGAGCGCGCGGGCGGGUUCGAGCCCCUGCAGUUCCUCCCCAAGAACAAGAACGUCGUCGUCGGCAUCAUCAGCACCAAGGUGCCCACCCUCGAGAACAAGGACGAGAUGAAAGCCCGCGUGUACAAGGCGGCCGAGUUCGUCGCCAAGGGCGGCGACGAGACCAAGGAGGAGGCGCUGAAGCGCAUCUGCGUCUCGCCGCAGUGCGGCUUCAGCACCCACGAGAGCGGGUACCCGUUGAGCCUGGAGGAUGAGAAGAAGAAGUUGGCGCUCGUGAGGGAGAUCGCCGAUGAGGUUUGGGGUGAGCCUUAG